GUUCAACUUUUACCAGUUCUGCCACUGGUGCCGUUACGAUCAAGUCGCAGGAAAAUGUCGCGCUAGUGACCUGUAGUUCCUCGAGUGAUGUAACUUUAGUUCUUUUGGGUGGUGACAAGUUUUAUUUGGGAAAUAGUUUGAUAAAAACUAGUAAAAAGUGGUAGUGCUAUUAUUGGAAAGUGAUUUGAAGAAGCGCUGUUUCCAAUUCCGGUUUUGUUCACUUUCUUGAAGCACAGAAAAUCUGAACCCAGGCCAUCACCAUGACUGGCGAACAAAGGGGCACCGUACUGGUAACCGGUGGAGCCGGCUAUAUCGGCUCGCACACGGUCGUAUCCUUGCUCGAAGCCGGUUACAGCGUUGUCGCCCUCGACAACUUCACAAACUCGGUCAACUCGUCUAAAAACGAGUCUAUCGCCCUGAAACGCGUGGAGGAAAUCACCGGAAAGAAAAUUACAUUCUACCGAUGCGACCUGCUGGACAAGGACGCGGUGGAAGCAAUCUUCCAGCAACACAAAAUCGACUCGGUGAUACAUUUCGCUGCACUGAAAGCCGUGGGGGAAUCCAUGACCAAUCCCCUGCUAUACUACAAGAACAACAUGAUCGGAAUGAUCAACCUUUUGGAAGUGAUGGACAGCCACGGCGUGUACAAGAUGGUAUUUUCAAGCUCGUGCACAGUCUACGGAGAACCGGACACGUUGCCAAUCACAGAGGAGAAUCCCACCGGUAACGUGACCAACGUUUACGGUCGGACAAAGUACUUCAUUGAAGAGAUGCUGAAGGAUGCCGUGAGUGCUGAUCCCAAGUGGAACAUUAUUGCGCUGCGGUACUUCAACCCAGUGGGAGCGCACAAAUCCGGAAGGAUUGGGGAGGAUCCGACCAAGCAGUUCACCAAUCUGAUGCCCUACAUCAGUCAGGUAGCGAUCGGGAAGAAAGAUGUGCUUACCAUUUUCGGAAACGACUAUAACACACCCGAUGGAACGGGUGUGAGAGAUUACGUCCACGUGAUGGAUCUUGCUACUGGACACGUAGCGGCGCUGAACAAACUGGAUCAACAGCAUCUGGGAUUGAAGAUGUACAACCUGGGAACCGGCAAAGGCAUCUCUGUGAUGGAGUUGAUCAAUACGUUCGAGCGAGUGAAUAAGGUCAAAAUUCCGUACGUCAUUCAGGAGCGACGCGCUGGUGAUAUUUCGGCGAUGUUUGCUAACGCGAAACUGGCCGAAACGGAGCUCGGUUGGAAAGCCGUUCAUACCGUUGAUGAGAUGUGUGAAGACUUCUGGCGAUGGCAGCAAAUGAACCCGAACGGCUACAAAACUGAUCAAGUGAAUGGGCACCACUAGCAACUGACUGCGGCAAGGCAUUUUACGUUACACACGUGUAGAGAUAAGGACAAUUUUGGACAGUAUUUUCUUUUAUUUAUUGUACCUCGUGUUUCGAAGACAGUAGCUGAAAUAAUCGAGUGUUUUGCAGUUUUAAAACUUCCGUUCCAAUCGAGGUAAAGUUCGGAUAAACAUUUCUAGCGAACAGUUCCAGGCACUUUGGACGCUCAGGAAGGUAAUCAGUGAACAGUUCUGUAAUAAAGCACAGUAAAUUAUUGAGAAAAAA